AUGUGGUCCUCUCUUAUCAAAUCACCCUCCACAUGGGCCCUACUAACCCUACCCCUUCUUCCCGCCGUCCUGGGCACACCUCUGUUUGAGAAGCGAGCAAAGGGUGCCAUCCUAGCCCUAAACACCAAUUUCCCAGAUCCAAGCUUCUUGAAAGCAGCCGAUAAUAGAUGGUACGCAUUCGGCACAAACGGAAACGGAAAACGAGUCCAAGUCGCUGUCUCCGACGAUUUCAAAUCAUGGACUCUCCUCGACGUCGAAGCACUCCCCACAUUAUCAACAUGGGAAACUGAAAACGACCACUGGGCUCCAGACGUCGUGAUGAGAGAAAAAAAUCUAAUCGUCUCCCAGGAUGACGGAAAAUACGUUAUGUAUUACUCCGGCGAAGCAAAAUCAAACCUCAGACACCACUGUGUCGGCACAGCCAUAGCAGACAACCCAACAGGACCAUACGUCCCAAGCAACACGCCUUUAUCAUGUCGUCUCGAUCGGGGCGGCUCAAUCGACCCAGCAGGCUUCAAAGAUAAAGACGGCAGUCGCUACGUCGUUUUCAAAGUCGACGGUAAUAGCGUCGGCCACGGUGGUGAUUGUAACAACGGCGUCGAGCCGCUUGUAUCAACGCCUAUCUUGCUGCAAAAGGUUGGCGCGGACGGCGUCACGCCUAUCGGCGAUGCGGUGCAGAUUCUUGAUCGGAAUACUGCUGAUGGUGAUGGUCCGCUUGUCGAGGCGCCGAACCUGAUUCUCCAUGGUGAUACGUACUUCUUGUUCUACUCCACUCAUUGCUUUACCGACCCUGCUUAUGAUGUGCGUUGGGCUACGUCGAAGAGUAUUACUGGGCCUUAUACUAAGACCAAUGUUCCGUUGAUUAAUGCGGCUAAUACGGGGCUUAUCUCGCCUGGUGGUGGCAAUGUUUGCGGUUGUGGAGAUCGGAUUCUAUUCCAUGGGUUCUGUACUCAGGAGAGAACUAGUAGGUGUAUGUAUGUGGCUGAUGUGAUUCUGGAUGGGAACAACGCAUCGAUUGCUUGA